AUGGUCCACCUACAUCAAGUACAAGGGAAGCUUUACAACUUCAAACACAAGUCAGAACUUACUGAAUUGAACAUGACCAUCGAUCCAAACGUCACAGAUAUCGUGCGCAAGCACAUGGUUAUCUGCCUCGAGCUUGUACAUGGUAGGAAAGACUACGUGAAAGUAAUGACGGUUCGUCCCUUUCAUUACCUCGCCAUCGAAUCAACCCAACUAAACCAAAAACCAGAUAACAUAUCUCUCAAAGACGACCACGAAUACAUCCCCAUCUCCCCUGUUCCUAAGAAACCCUAUCCGAUCCAGCUUCGAAUCCGCAAUAAUCUCGGCUGGGUUUAUUCUCGCGGACAGGCCGUCCUGCGCUUAACCACCUUACCCAAAUUCUCAUUUCUAAAAAUCGACGAGUAUUACGAAGUUUCAAUUCACAUGCUCAGGGAGGCAAAUGAUGAUUAUGGAAAUCCAUUGUCUAUUCCGACAAAACAUCAUGGAGGAUUAGCGCAGCUCAAGGAUCACGUUAGACGUCGUGAUUACAUCCGUGAGAAUGCGAGAGCUCGUCGAGUUGGGGAGGAACAAGAGGGGCUCCUUCAGACAGUACAUGCGAUUGAUAAUUUGGCCUUGAGUUCUGAGGUACAUAAUCAUGGCUGA